UCCUCUGAGGAGAGCCUAUUAUACCCCCAGCCCUCGUACUUUGUCACAUUGGUGUGGACCUGGUCCUCCGGGGCCCCGCAGGUUCCUGUCCCGCAGUCCACGCAGGAGACCCGGCGGGACGCGCUUUCGCCCGCCGGAAGCUCCGGUUGUUGGGGUUUUUCGCCCCCGGAAGUGGCUCCAGACUUCCGGUCCUCAGAAGAACUGCCGGCUGUGGCCAAAGUCGGUCUUCUCGGAGCCAGCAGGCCCCGGACUCAUCCCCGGACUCGCGUAUCCGCCUCCUCCGCCUGGGAGUCAUGGGAGACACGAGUGAACGCAGCGAAGCCGCGCUGCCGCCGCGCUGCCCCUGCGGGUUCUGGGGGUCCAGUAAAACUCUGAACUUGUGCUCCAAAUGUUUUGCUGACGUCCAGAAGAAGCAGCCAGAUGAUGACUGCACCCCCCCGCCCAUCCAAGCCCCCCCAAGCAGCCAGACUCUGACCCUGCCCUCCAGCUCUGCUGGGGACCCCGUUUUUUCCAGAGCAGGGGCGUCGUCCACAGACUCCGCCCAGGACCUGCCGUGCACCCCCACCAAACGCCCCGGAGAAGCAGCUUCCUGCUCUGAGAGCGGGCCGUCGCCAGGGAAACGGCCGAGGGAGGGGGCCGCUGAGGAGGAAGCCCCCACACAGAAGAACCGGCGGCGCUGCUUCCUCUGCCAAAGCAAACUGGAGCUGGUUCAGCAGGAGCUGGGGGGCUGCCGCUGCGGAUUCAUCUUCUGCAUGAGGCACCGCCUCCCCGAGCAGCACGACUGCCGCUUCGACCAUCUGGGCCGCGGCCGUCGGGACGCCGUCCUGAAGAUGGUGAAGCUGGAGCGGAAGGUGGGCCGGGCCUGCCAGCGGAUCGGGGAGGGGUGCUCCUGAUCGAGAGCUUUUUUAUGAAGGGGGCGGAGUCUUCUGCUCGGACUGUGGUUCUGGUGCUCCCCAGAAGGACCGGACCUCCACGUUCUUCUCCUCAGGACGUCUGUCUUCUGGACCCGGGAGUUCAGCGUCUCCCCCACAGGUUCGAACCCCGUAAGGACUGAGAUGGUUUCAGCCUCUGCCCCCCCAGAAGGACCUUCAGGUCUCCAGGAACCGGACUGGAUCACUUUUUGACCACAGAAAUAUUUUCUGUACUUUUUUGAGAUGAAGUUUAUUUAACCUUGUAUCUGUUUGUCACUUACAUCCCAUAAUUUCUACAUGUAAAAAAAAUGUUUUUCUUUGUUUUUUAUUGUCUUUUUCAGACUCAGAAAAAAAAAGUUUGAGAAGAAAAAAUACUGGAAAGAUGCAAAAGUUCAAAUGAAAUUCAAUUAAAUGGUAAAGAUCCGUUUCCACAGGAAUCUGUCGCAGUGUCUCCACUCCAGGAAUCUGUCGCAGUGUCUCCACUCCAGGAGUCUGUCGCAGUGUCUCCACUCCAGGAGUCUGUCGCAGUGUCUCCACUCCAGGAGUCUGUCAGACUAAAUCACAUGCAUGUGUCCAUGGAGGUCUGGAUUCAGUGUCACAAACAUGAUGUGGAUGUAAACCUGGAGGAGACAGACCUGCACCUCUGCUGGGUUCUGGUCCAGAGGUGGAUCCAUAACAUCUCCACUGGUUUUCAUUGUGGAUGCUGAAGACCACAUGAAGGAGAACGGUUUUGAACAAGCAGGGUCAAUUCUCUCUGUGGAAGAAGGUCUUCAUGGAGAAGGAUCUGAUCCGCAUCAGUCCUGGAACCUGAACCUCAGAACAGCAUAAAACCACGUAUGAAGCACGAAUGUUUGGUUUUAAGUUCUGUCUGGACGCUGGAGACGAUGAGACAAACGUUUACUUGAAAACAGCUGACUCACCUGUAGUACCUGUUCUCUCCACAGGUUGGAACCAAUCAAAAGCAUUUUAAAAAGAUGACAUUUUAGGUAGAACAUGAGAUUCAAACAAAAGGAUUAAAAGCGUUUUGUUUCCA